UCCAAGAAGACCGGCCGGCACAUCCUUUCUUCACGGCCAUGGCUCUGAUUCUGGUCACGGGCGCGGCACGGGGCUUGGGCGUCGGCAUUUGCCGCCAGCUCCGGCGUCAAGCGCCGGAGGCCCAGCUGCUCGUGGGCGCGCGGCGUGUGGCAGCGGCCCAGAGCUUGGCGGAAGAGCUAGGGGCGAUGGCCCUGGAGCUGCUGGACAACGGGAAGAUGAAAGGAGGUUGGAUGUGGCGGACGAGGCUUCUUGCCGCUUCGGCUGGUGGGUCUCCACCACAUAAGCCGAAACAUUAGGCAGUCGGUGCAUGUUCAUUUUGCUAUGAGACCAGCUGGCAGUUCUCAUUAUCGCAGCUGGGAGAACAUGGUUCAACAGGAACUGCGGUAUAUACACUCAAGUCUUACCCAUGAACCAUUGAGCCCAAUGUUUCGAUCUGCGACCCUGAAAACUGUUGAAGUCUUUUGGAACGGUUUGGAGCUGUAUCCCAAGUCCUGCUGGAGUCCUGCUCGACCGGAGCCCUGCAUCAGCAAGGUCGAGCCUUCGAGUUGUCGACAGGGUGUGGGAGGAUGCCAUGACUUUUUGUUGUGCCGUGGGGUGCCACCGUGCGUUGACCCUGCAGAGCAUUUGGACCGGUGCACGCAGGCGGUCUCUAACCUUGGCCGAGGUGCACCUCCCAACCUUGGUCCAGGCCUUUUUUUGCGGCAGAUUGGGUUUUUAAGUCGCUUCAUCCUCCUUCAGAGUGCCAGAAACUCAGGCCAACGUGCUGCUGAGCAGGUUGCGCGCCUCCGCGAGGGGCGCCCCUUGGUGGUGGUGCACAACGCAGGGGUGGCUUUCGACUUACCGUGGUUCGAGGCGCCAUGGCCCGCCGAGGCUGCACGGAAGACCUUAGAUGUCAACCUUUUUGGUUGCAUCCGCUUGACCAGCGCCCUCUUGCCUGAGCUACUAGCUACUGGGGCUGGACGGCUGGUUGUGGUCAGCAGUGGGGCUGGGGCGGCCAACCUGUCGAAGAUGUCGGAGGAGCGAAGGCAGCAGCUCAUGGCAGCUGACGAGAUGGGCAUUCAGCGGAUGUGCGAGGAAUUUGUGAAGGAUUAUGAGGCCUCAGCACGAGAACAAGCCGAGAAGCCUUUGCCCAUCCUGAGCGAUUCUGGGUUUUGGCUCCAGUCCUACGGCUUCUCGAAGGCUUGCCUGAACCGCUGGUGCCAAGUGAUGGCUGAGCAACACUCGGGACGUCUCAUUUCGGUAGCUUGCUCUCCGGGUUUUGUCGAGACGGAGAUGGUGAAGAGCUACAAGGGUGAUUCCAAAUUGAAGAGCGUCGAUGAAGGUGGAGAUUUGUGUGCAUGGCUCGCGUGCUCGCCGGCGGUGGAGAAUGGCUACUACAACCCAGACCGCACUCGGGCAAGCUGAGGGCUCCAACGCUGGAG